GUUUAUUUAGGGUUCUUGCGCGAUUUGUGUGACGCUUGUCCCACCUGGCGUCCUUCCUCGCGUCGAACGAUAGGCACUUUCCAGAAUGCGGCCAUUUUGACCGAUUCCAGGCGAUGCGUGCUACAGCCGGCGGUGCUGCCGCGCUUUGUUUUCUUCGAUUGGGCUCGGCAGCGGCAGCGCAUGACUCCGCAUCCCGGAAAAUGGAUCGAUCGGCAAGGUUUCGAAUUGGAGCUGUGGCUUUACUUCUUUGGAUGGCGCUGGGAUUUGUCCAGUCCGUGACGGAUUCGUCCGAGGUCGCGGCGUUGAGGGCAUUUCAGGACAGAAUUGUGGACAAUAACGCAAGGCUCGAGAAUUGGUGGGGUAACGAUCCUUGCGGGAAUGGCACAAACUGGGAAGGCGUGUUUUGCGAGCGCGAUUCGAGAAAUAUCUUUCACGUUGUGGAGUUGCGGCUCUUGAAUCAUCAACUGUCUGGCACUUUAGCUCCAGAACUUGGAAAUCUUCGAUGGCUCAGGAUCUUGGAUGUUAUGUGGAACGAUUUCACUGGGAGCAUCCCGCCCACUUUUGGCAUGUUGGAGAACCUUGACCUCCUCUUGCUAAAUGGUAACAAGCUUACUGGCGAGCUGCCAUGGGAGCUUGGAAAUCUUACAAGGAUGAACAGGAUACAAAUCGAUCAAAACAAUAUCACUGGUCCAAUUCCUCCUACAUUUGGAAAUCUGACCAGCGCUAAGCACUUCCACAUGAACAACAACUCCCUAACCGGAAGUAUUCCACCGGAUAUUGGGAGGCUUCCAAAUAUUGUCCACAUUUUGCUUGAUAAUAACAAGCUUGAGGGAAGGCUACCGGUAGAGCUUUCGAACCUUAGAAACACGCUGCUUAUUCUGCAGCUGGACAAUAAUCGCUUCGCUGACGAUGCCGUGAUCCCGGCGGAGUAUGGAACUCUUCAAAAUCUAUUUAAGAUAAGCUUGAGAAACUGUAACAUACAAGGACAGGUUCCAGAUCUUAGCAGGAUUUCACAGCUUGGAUACUUGGACUUGAGCAACAACAACUUGACAGGAGAGAUACCAAACACGGGGAUAUCGUCAAACAUUACGUCGAUAGAUCUGUCCAACAACUCCUUAUCCGGAAACAUUCCGUCCAGCUUUAACAAUCUACCGAACCUUCAAGCACUUAUCCUCCACGACAACCGCCUUAAUGGAUCUGUUGAUGGAGCUUUAAUUGCCGGACUAAGAAACUCGUCACAAAGGCUUCUUUUGGACUUCCAGAGCAACUCGUUUUCCAACGUCGAUCCAAGCUUGGUAGCAAACAUUUCAGCUUCGUCUGGAAUGUAUAGUGCCUGGCUGGGUGGAAAUCCUUUGUGUCAAAAUUCGCCAAGGAGUCUUUCGCCCGUCUGCCAGUCUGGUACUCUUGUUUCACAAACUGCUCAAGACAAUGGAUUCGGAAACAAUCGAAGUGAAAGUUGCACUGGUUUGUGUGAUCCGAAUAGUGAACUGAUCCCAGCGCUUGCCGUUCGUGGCCAGUGCGUUUGUGCUUCACCGGCCGUGGUUGCGUACAGAUUGAAAAGUCCAGGUUUUACAUUUUUCGAUCGCUACAUCAAUCGCUUCGAAGGUUAUAUAUCUAGCGGGCUCAAUCUCACCCGAGACCAGGUAUUUCUCAAAGGAUUUAGGUGGGAAAAGGGACCCAGGCUGGCAAUGAACAUCAGUUUCUACCCGCCGGUACAAAACAGAACAAAUAACGUGUCCGAGUUGAGGAGGCUGUAUCAUGCAUUCGGUGGAUGGUUAAUCCCUGACGACGACGUCUUUGGGCCGUACGAGUUCCUCGGUUUCACUCCUCCAUUUGGAAUUGAUCUAUACGACAUCAUCCCACGGCCAGAGAAGAAAAAGCUCACUGCAGGUGCUAUAGCAGGGAUACUGAUUGCUGUCGUCGCAGUAACUGCAGCAGUCGUAGGAACAGUGGUGUUUUUCCUAGCACGAAGGAGGAGCAAACGCAUGGGAAAGUCAAGCAGAAAACGAAUUAUCACGGACAAGCGCGAGCUUAACGAAAUGCUGAAGGUGGCAGGAGUGAAGUCGUUCUCGUACGGCGAAAUGCUAGCGGCGACAGCAUCAUUCGAUGAUGCAAGGCUGGCUGGCCAAGGUGGUUAUGGAAAGGUUUAUAGAGGCGUUCUAUCCGAUGGUCACGUUGUUGCGGUGAAACGAGCUGAGGAAGGAUCCUUACAAGGGACUCACGAGUUUUACACAGAGAUAGAACUCUUGUCAAGGGUGCAUCACAGGAAUUUGUUGUCCUUAGUUGGCUACUGUGACGACGAAGGCGAGCAGAUGCUUGUUUACGAGUUCAUGGAAGGAGGGACUUUACGAGAGAGGCUAUCACCAACUAUCAAGCUUCCUUUAGACUUCGCAACCCGGUUACGAAUUGCUUUGGGAUCAGCACGGGGAAUUCUGUAUCUCCAUACUGAAGCCAAUCCUCCCAUCUUCCAUCGGGACAUAAAAGCGAGCAACAUUUUGCUGGAUGGCAAGAACAUCCCCAAAGUUGCCGACUUUGGUUUAUCACGGCUUGCUCCUUCGCCUGAUUUGGACGGCGUGACACCUGGUCACGUCUCCACUGUAGUCAAGGGAACUCCGGGGUAUCUGGAUCCAGAGUACUUCUUAACGCGGAAGCUCACAGAUAAAAGCGAUGUGUAUAGCUUUGGUGUGGUGUUGAUGGAACUCGUGACUGGAAUGCAUCCGAUUUCGCAAGGCAAGAAUCUCGUGAGAGAGGUGACUGCCACAUAUCAAGCAGGGAUGGUGCUUUCGAUAGUAGACCAAAGAAUGGGAAGCUACCCGUCCGAGGGGCUGGAGCCAAUGUUAAGACUGGCUCUCAGCUGUGUCAAGGAGAAUCCAAACGACCGGCCAUCCAUGGGAGCAGUUGUGCGAGAUCUAGACGACUUGUGGCGAUCGAUGCCGUGGUCCGACGCCUUCUCCACCUUCGACGAUCACCACCAGAGCAAAUCCAGGAGCGACGAGAGCGCGCGACCCAGGGACCUGUACAAUGAGUUGUACGUGUCCUCCAGCGCGGUGGAGGAGAGUGGCUUGUUUAGUGGAACCAUCCACGCGGUGGCUCCAAGGUAAAAGUGCUCACUCGUGUAGAGUUUGUAAGAUUGUUUGCCAACGGCUAUACACAGUAAAAAAGAAAAGAAAAAAAGCAUAGGACAAAGUUUCAUGAUCUUCAGAAAAAAGAGAAAUUCGUGCG